AAACAGGAUGUGGGUUUCAGACAAAGAAUAGCUACAGAUUCGGAUGGUUCAGCAUGAACCUAAAGCUGGUCGGCGGCGACUCAGCCGGCGUCGUCACCGCCUACUAUAUGUGUUCGGAGAACGGAGCGGGGCCGGAGAGGGACGAGAUCGACUUCGAGUUUCUAGGGAAUAGGACGGGACAGCCGUACAUCAUACAGACCAAUGUGUACAAGAACGGGACCGGCGGUAGGGAAAUGCGACAUUCUCUAUGGUUUGAUCCUACGGAGGAUUACCACACUUACUCCAUCCUUUGGAACAAUCACCAACUUGUGUUCUUCGUGGAUAGAGUACCGAUUAGGGUUUACAAGAACAGCGACAAAGUACCGAACAACGACUUCUUUCCGAACCAGAAACCAAUGUACUUGUUCUCCAGCAUCUGGAACGCCGACGACUGGGCGACACGUGGCGGUCUCGAGAAAACGGACUGGAAGAAAUCUCCGUUUGUUUCCUCCUACAAGGACUUCUCCGUUGACGGAUGCCGCUGGGAGGAUCCAUACCCUGCGUGCGUCUCCACCACAACGGAUAACUGGUGGGACCAAUAUGACGCGUGGCACUUAUCUAAGGAUCAGAAGAUGGAUUACGCUUGGGUGCAGCGUAAUCUCGUCGUAUAUGAUUACUGCCAGGAUCGUGAGAGGUAUCCUAAGCUACCUUGGGAGUGUAGCAUCAGUCCCUGGAACUGAGCAAUUCGUCUUUUUUUUUUUGGACCUUUCUUUUACUCUUUGGAAAUGUUUUUUGUAAUUUUAUUUUAUUUUUUAAUAUUCUCUUUAUUUUUUGGUUUGAUGGGAUCAAGUGUUUACUUAUUUAAUUAAUGUCUCUAUAUCGAAUAAAAUCAAAUCUAAU